AUGGAUGCGGUGCUGCGAGGAGCGGUACAACACCUGAUGCUGUCUGAGGUGCUCCCAGGGCUGGAACAGGGGCCCUCCCAGUCCCGCUUGGUGCACAAAGCACCACCAGCAGCUGGAAUGUCGGAAAGCAGCCUCUCUAGGUUUGCCCACCGCUUGUCAGUUAAGCAGAAGCAGGAGAAGAGAAGGAAAGCUGAGUAUGCCUCGGCCGAGCUGUCUGCGUUCCGGCCCAGGUCUCUGAGCAUUGAAUGGUCAUCCUCCCCUAAAAUGACGCAGCAGAUGCGGGACCUGCAGCUGGCGCAGGCCAGGAAGCCGCCAGGCCCUUCCUCUCCCAAUGCAGCCAAGAGGCUUUACCGAAACCUGUCGGGGAAAUUCCGUGUCAACUACACGUCCUUCGACGAGAGCAGCCUGGUGGGACGGGGCGAGAAGGAGAAACUCCGCAAGUCCUACCUGUUCCAGAGCAACGCUGCCCUCUUUGAGGCCGUGGAGCUGCAGGACCUAGACAGGGUCCAGGAGCUGCUGAAGCAGUACAGCCCUGAGGAGCUGGACCUCAACACCCCAAACAGCGAGGGGCUGCUGCCCCUGGACAUUGCCAUCAUGACCAACAACGUUCCCAUCGCCAGGGCGCUGCUGCAGGCGGGAGCGAAGGAGAGCCCUCACUUCGUGAGCCUGGAGAGCCGCUCGCUGCACCUCUCCACGCUGGUGCGGGAAGCAGAGCAGCGUGUCAACGAGCUGACGGCGCAGGUGGUGAACGAGGCACCCAACGUGGACUGCUCCGAGAAGGAGAAGCAGCUCAAGGCCUGGGAGUGGCGAUACCGGCUUUACAAGCGCAUGAAGGCAGGGUUUGAGCAUGCCCGAGCACCAGACGCCCCUACCAACGUCCAGCUCUCCGUGGCCAGCAGCUCCUCAGUGCAGGUGACCUUCUGGGAGCCCCUGAGCGUUAACUCGGCCGUUGUCACCAAGUACAAAGUGGAGUGGAGCUGCUCCCCCACCUUCUCACCGCUGCUGGGGGAGGCCGUGAUCGACAAGCUGAAGAACCUGCACUUCACCAUCCGGGGGCUGGUGUCGGGCACGGCUUACUACGUCCAGGUGUCUGCCUACAACAUGAAGGGCUGGGGUCCCCCGCAAGCCUCCGUGCCCCCUUUCGCCAUCCCUUCCAACUGGCGGGAGUACGACGGCCGGGCUCCACGGCGAAGGGGACAAGCUGAAGCUCUGGACCAUCUGCUGGGCCAGGUGAAGACCAUCCACCAGCACUGUGUUUGCCACGAGCCCUGCAAGAAUCAGCCCCAGAGCAGGAAGCACUCUGUCUCCAAGAGCCUCAAGCACCUCUUCCACCCCGGCAGCAAGUUUCUCAAGACACUGAAGAGGGGCCUUUACCUGACAGCCAUCUUCUACAAGGACGACAACAUCCUGGUGACCCACGAAGACCAGAUCCCCGUGGUGGAGAUUGAUGACACCUACUCCUGCCUGCUCAUGCAGGAUUUUCUGUGGUUCACCAAGGUGUCGUGCAUGUGGGACGAGAUCCUGUGGCUGCGGCAGUGCGUCACCGUCUCCCAGUCGUCCUGCUCCUGCAUCCUGCAGACGCGCUUCAAGAUGCUGCUGGCCAUCUCACAAAUGCAGGGGCUGCUGGGCAUCCAGGACCUGGGGCAGGUCUUCUUCGAGCCCGUCAAAGACAAACAGGGCAACAUCCUCAUCGUCACCCUGAAGGAGGUGAAGACCAACCAGACCUUCGAGAGCGUCCGCUGGGUUCCCAUCUGCAAGCUGCAGACCAGCCGCAAGUCCGUGUCCUCUCCGGAGGAGCCCACUGCUCUGGACAUGCUGCUGAUCUCCAUCCAGGACAAGCUGGCUUACCACCAGCGGAGCAGUCAUGCCCUCUCCCCGGGCCUCUACCUGGGCUACUUGAAGCUCUGCAGCGCGGUGGAUCAGAUCCGAGUGCUGGUGCCGGAGCGGCUGCCCAACAUCCUGUGCCACGUCAAGAUUCGCUCCAACCCCAACAUCUCCAGGGAGGAAUGGGAAUGGCUGCAGAAGAUGGCCAGCGUGGAGGAGGCUGUUCCUGUGGAGCCAGAGGCUGAGACCUCCCAGAACCACUUGUUUCAGGAGCUCCAAGUGGCCAUCAAGGAGCUGAUGACCCUGGUCAACAUCCCAUUGCAAGAGGCCAAAGAUUUCCGUCUGUACAGCCAAGAGGUGCUGGACUUUGGGGGCCAGGUCUCCUUCCUGCUGCUUCUGCCUCCAUCGGACGAUGUCUGCACUGCUCCGGGGCAAAACAACCCUUACACCCCUCGCUCCGGCUUUCUCACGCUGCCAUUGCAGAUCUUCGAGUUAGUCCACUUCUUCACGUACGACCGGGAGUUCAUCACCCAGUACUGCCAGGUGUCCGCCCUCCUGGAGCUGGAGUCGCUCCUGUCUCAGCAGAGCCUCCGGGAGGCCUUCUCCGAUGCCGAGCUCUCCACCGCAAAGCAGAGGCACCAGCAGGUUCAGGACUACAUCCAGCAAAUGGAGGAGAUCUGGCGCGAGAUGCGCUGGAUUAUGGAUGCCCUGCAACACGCCCGGUACAAGCAGCCCUCCUGCGGGGUGUCCCUCAGCGGCUUCCUCAGCGAGGCUGGUGGUGCAAUGAAGGAGAAAACCCGAUCCACCUCGUCCCACCUCGACUACCUUCCCUCCCCGGCGCCCUCGCCAGAGACCAGCCGUAAGCUCAACUCCGACUCGCACGGGCUGUCAGACGAGGAAGGCUCCUCCGAGGUGUUCCUGGCCACUGACAGCGACUACGACUCCAGCAGGGCGCAGAGCCCAAAGGAGCUCGACCUGGUGUAUUCCUCCUCGGGGCCUGAGUGCUGCAGCAGAAGAGUUGCCCGCACCCUACGGGACAGCGCUCCGGAUGUCCUGCAGACCCAUGAGCUCAAGACCCCACCGCCGCCGCCACCGCCGCCACCACCGCCGGAGGAGCCUCGGCCACCCCCUGAGCUCUACGACAGCCGCAGCCGGGGCGGGCAGGGCUCCGAGCCUGUCUUCCGAACACGCUCAGCCGAGUGGACUCAGAGCUUCCAGGAGCAGCCGGAGCAGCCCGGGUGCUUGGCCGACCGAGGGAAGAAGCCGGGCUCUGUCACCUUGCGGGUCUGCCCUCAGUACGAAACCGGACUCUCCAAAGAGACCAGUGUCAAGCUGCACAUCACCAGCCAGACGUCCGCCGGGGAGGUGGUGAAGCUGGUGGUGCUCGAGAUGAACGACGUCUCUCGUGGUGUGCUGGGCGGCUCGGCCGCCUUCUGCUACGGCGAGGAUCAGCUGGAGCACUUUGGACUGGUAUUUGCCUCUGAUGAGAGCGAGCGGUGGCUUCCCGAUGACUUCUUGCCUCUGUCCCUCCAAACCACACGGCCCGAGGGGCGGUUCUAUGUCCGCAUCAAGGAGACAUCCCCUCUGGUGCUCCAGUACGGGCCAGCGACCACCGUAUGAGAGGAGGAGAGCCGGCCGGGCGGCGAAGGGACCUCAGCUUCCAGAGAGCAGACAGCUCGUCUCUGAUGCUUCCUUCUUCCACAGACACCCUCUCAUCAGGCGUCCGCGGGGUGGAAUGGGAUCAUACUGGGCUGUGUGUAUUUGUUUGUGUUCUUUUUUUUUUUUUUUUUUUUUUUUAACCAAAGAGACAUCGAGACUCAGUUUUUCUGACUGCAGAAGAGGAGGGUGGAGUGCGGAGACCUCAGAGCUCGGGAGGAAUCUCUGCAGGAAUGGAAUUUUUGAAAGUAAACAUUUUUAAGGGGAAAGGGGGGGAGAGAGAGAGGAAAAAAUAUUACAAGAAGAAGCAGCAAUACCUUUUUUUUUUUUUUUCUUCUUUUUCUGAAAAGCCUUGUUUGGGAUUCCCUGAAGGCAAAGCCACCGAGCAUUGCUGGGGAGGGUUGUGGUGUCAGUGA